GAAAUUACAGAGCGAACGCAGAAUUUCGAAAAACGGCGGAUAGGCGAAUAGAGCCUAAGUAGUGCUUUUAUUUUAUAUGGUCGUAGUCGUGGCGUGCGAGGCGGGUUUUCUACAAAGGUAUUCUAAGGCCACCAAUACAAGGUUCCGCGCGCGUUGCCGAGUGUAGGGGUCCACAGGUCAGAUAGUUUCGCCAAAAUGAUAGUCAGCAUAAUCCUCGGCUCUGGCCGGGCAGUCAACAGCUGUGUGAACCGCCUAGCGGGUCGUCGUUCUUCAGCAUUUAUACACUUCCCCCUCAGGUCGCUCCUUUGGUCCCCCUCCUCCAGCAUCGGCGCCAUGGACGAGACGCCUCACCACAGCUCUAGCAGGAUACCAGGCAAAAAUCGUCGAACAGCAGCAUGCAAUUACUGCAGGGCGAAAAAGAUUCGAUGUAAUGGGAGCAUCCCAUGUGCCAACUGCCUCGAUCGCGGCGAGGAAUGCGUAGUUACGGCCCGGCGUCGCCCACGGAUCCACGACAGCCAGGGCCAUGAUUCGGGAGACUUGUCUCGUCGUCUUCAGCACCUCGAAGCCUUGCUGGGGACUGCAGCCGAAGGCUCGAAAGUUCGGCAUACGGGCGGGCGUGUAGCCAAUGACGAAUGCAGCCGUCCAUUGACGCCUCUUGACCUCUCGGAUUGCACAUCAAGCUCGUCCCUAAUCGAUAGCCAAGGGAACCAUCGAGGGACCCAUGCAAAUCUAGCUGUGAGUUCAUGAGUGGUAGAUAUUGAAAUGAUCUUUGCCCUUGAUAUGAUACGCUGUCUUAGAGCCCAAAGGCUACGAUAACAGGUCGUCAAGCACCAGUCUAUACCUUAAAGCUGACGCGCCACAGGAUCUCAGGCCCAGCAUACCACAACCCACAGUCUUCAUCCAUCACCAAUCAGGCCAUCAAGCAGUCGCGCCUCUAGAAGACAGC